UUAAAAAGUAGCUAUGGCUGUUUGUUUACUUUUUGUCGGUUUUUAAACACGAUAAUAAUUCAAGUAGAACAGAAAAAUGGUGAUUGUUAAUUCAUUCCACCACCCGGAAUCAAAUAUUCGCUGCGAACAAAGAAAUGUACGUGCCAUACUGGACAAAAAGGACCUAGGAUUAGGAACGUUAUUUGUCAGUGAAAGCGCACUGUGCUGGCAGCAAAAAGAUGAUAUUGGUUUCUCAAUUAGUUAUCAAGAUAUUUCGCUUCAUGCUAUAUCUAAAGACGCCAAUGUUUACACAAAGGAAUGCUUGUAUAUUAUAAUUGAUUCGCACGUUCAUAUGCCAGGAGACUCAUCGCCUCAAAAUAGGGAGAAUACCGAAGAUAGUGAUGCUGAAUCGGAACCAGACCUGUCGGAAUUGUUGUUAGUUCCCGAGGAGGAUAGCACCAAUACAAUACCGAUUAUUUACGAAGCUCUCAAACUGUGUCAGGAAUUAAAUCCCGAUCCGGACGACAUGGACGACGAAGAAGACGAUAAUAUCUUUGUAGACGCCGAAGACGACAUGGAUGAAGGGGAAUAUGAAAUCACAGAGAGAGGUGGAGGAGACGCAGACGUAGACGAAUUAUCCAGAAGGCUACAAGGGAAUUCCGUGGAUAUCCAGUACAAUUACGGUAAUGGGAACGAUGACGAAGAAUUCCAGGAUGCUGAUUGAGGCUUUCACUUUAUGAACUUAUAUGUAUUCUGCAAUUUCGUGUAAUAAUACAGUUUUGUAACUACCCGCUGAACAAUUUUUUGUGUAUUGGUCUUAUUUCUAUUGUUAUAAAAUAAACGAUAAUCAAACAAU